AAUUAAAAAAAAGAUAAAGAGGAAAUUAAACUAAAAUUCAAAUUAAUCUUUAUUGCUAGAAAUGCAUAUAAAUCAUCCGAGGAGAAUUUAUUGAAUCUGAAAAAUUAAUUUCUUUAGAUUCAAAUUUUAAAGCGUAAGAGAUUAAUACGCUGACAAAUGUUUCAGGGUUACUUCAGGAAAGGUGAGGUUGAGCUGAAAUUAUCUUCCUACAACGAAGCGCUUGAAUCUUACAAUAAAGCCCUGUCCUUGCAACCGAACGAACCUAAGAUUUUGGAAGCGAUGAACAAAGCGUCCAGGUCAUUGAUUAAAGACAGAAGAGCUGAUCAACAGAUUCCAUGGCUUGGAGCUGGCGUCGGUAUUAUAUUAGGAGUCACAGUUGUGAUCGCCGACUAUGUUUUUACAAACAAGCCCACUCUGACGCAUCCUUUGUUGAUGGCGUUAUUAACAAUGUCUGUAGCGAUGAUUGGUUUUGGCAUCGCCAAGGGACUCCGUUAUUUUCUAAAACAUCAAAGAAAGUCGAUCCUGAUGGGAGACUUUCCUCUCGGUUUAUAUUUACUAGAAACAAACGAAUUGGAUGAUGUCUACGUAAAAGAAAGUAUUGAUACAAAGAAAAAAAUACGGUAAGGCAAUGACUCCGCACAGGAGGAAUAGAGAGUUUGUCUUGAUCAUUUAUUUCAAUGCAAUCUACGAGCAAUCUAAAAUAAGAGAUACGAUAAUGUUUCGAAACAUCAAGUAUAUAAAUAAUAACGCGAGACGAAUAGAACUAAUUGAUUAUUCGACUAGAUGUCUAUCGAAUACUACUGCUGUCUAAUAUUCAAAAGUUUGAUACCUUUAAUAUACUGUUAUUUUUAAUUUUACAAGGCAUGUAUAAGGCAUGUAUAUUUAUAUCUCGCAAUCGAAAGUGAAUCCAAUCUAUUUACUGUCCAAUCUAGUUAUUAAAUCUAUUAUUUGUACAUUUCUUCACAAUAAUUCCACGAAUAAUUUUUAUACAAACUGCGAAAGAUAAUUACAAUGAAACGUAAACUAACGAUUAAUUAUGUAUACAUGCCAGUAUAUCUAAUUAUAUAUGAAUUAUCAUAAAGUAUGAACGUAGUUCUUAAGAAGUAGCUUGUUCAAAACACUAUUAAGAAUAUUACAUUUGCCUCACAUUCCUUGCAAC